AGCAUGUGCCAGAGUCCAGUCCAGUCAGGUUGGAGUCUCCCGCCCCAUUGAGACAGUCAGAGGCUCAUUCCUGUCUUAUCUUCACUAUGGCUUCGGCUGAGACAGAGCGCAGAGCUCCCUUCUCGCUGGACUCCUACUAUGUUUCAGAGAAACUGGGCUUUGUGCUUCCAGACCCUCUGCAAAAUCUUCCACCGUAUUACCAGCCAUGGAUGGAUAUUGGCCUGUGUGUGCCAGAGCUCGUUCACAGUCAUGACCUGCGCUCCCGUAUUAACGAGAUGCCUCUGCUGAGCACAGAGUUUCUCCAGAACCACAGAGAGCUUCGGCUUGCCCACCUGGUCCUUAGCAUGAUCACCAUGGGCUAUGUGUGGCAGGAAGGUGAAAACAACACUGUUGAGAUGCUCCCAAGAAGCCUCGCUGUUCCUUACUGGGAGGUGUCACGGCGCCUAGGGCUUCCCCCAAUUCUCACCCAUGCAGAUGCAGUAUUGGCUAACUGGAGGAAGAAAGAUCCAGAGGGACCUUUUGACAUGAAAAACCUGGAGUUGCUGGUCAGACUCCCUGGUGGUGACAGUGUCAAAGGGUUCUUCCUGGUCACUCUGCUGGUGGAGCUUGCUGCAGUGCCUGCAAUAAGGAGCAUUCCCGCAGUCAUCAAUGGUGUCAGAUGUGGUGACACAGAGGUCGUGGCUAAAGCACUGGAUAACAUCAGCCAGUCUAUACAGGACAUGAAUGAUGCACUUAAACUAAUGCACGUGUAUGUGGACCCUUCAGUCUUCUACGGCAUUAUGAGGAUCUACCUGUCAGGGUGGAAGGACAACCCUUGCAUGCCAAAUGGGCUUGUUUACGAAGGUGUCCAGACAGAACCGAUACACUGUUCUGGAGGAAGUGCUGCACAAAGUAGUCUGCUGCACUGCUUUGACGAACUACUUGGAGUCAAACAUGAAGAAGACAGUCGAGCCUUUCUAACUCGCAUGAGGAACUACAUGCCGCCUGCCCACAGGAAACUGAUCCAGGACAUCUCUCUGCAGCCAUCCCUGAGGGGUUUUGUCCAGCGGCAGGCCAACGAGGACCUGAACAGGGCCUUUGAUGUCUGCGUGUCAAAACUGCUGGCCUUGCGCAGCUACCACAUCAAUGUCGUCAGCCGCUUCAUCACCGUACCUGCUGCUCGAGCCCAACAGCUGCGCAGGAACAGCCAAAAUUCAGAGGAGGAAAUGGUCAGCAGAGGCCCCACAUCACUGGAGGAGAGGGGCACUGGGGGCUCAGGCAUCAUGACCUUCCUCAAAACUGUGAGAGACAAGACAAAAGAUGUCCUCCUGGCCGAGACAAGCAAAAAAACUGUUGAUGAGAACGGUCAUCAAAUGAAUCAAUGAGUAAAAUCUGCACCAGUUAGUGUGAAAAGACAAUUUUAUAUCUUAAUAAAAUUGCUAAAAUGAAAAAGAG